AUGUCGUUCGAAAUAGACUCCAUGUGGCAUUUUCGAAAGCGUGUCGAGCCUAAACUCACGUACACCCGUGUCAUCCGCAUGCAGCACAACAAAUGCAAUACCCGCUACAAAAUCAACACCACCAAGGCUGUCCAAAUCCGCAGCUUGCCCAACUUCAGAAUCAGCAAGAUGUACAAACUGGACAGAUUACUCGUCAGAAUGCUCAAAUUUACCAACAGGCAGCGGCACUACAAGAACCAAGCCACUGUGCAGCACCAGCGAGACUCUGCCUACCAGAACGAGCUUGCCAAGAAGAACGCGCAGACGCAGAAGCAUAUAUUGAAGCAGAAUGUGGCAACCCAUAGUCAGAUUCUCAAGCAUAAUGCAGCGACACAGAUGCAGAUUGCCUAG